UUCAGUCUUUCUGCUUAUGCAGUUUCCAUUUUUGGUUCGUGGGACGAGGGAGAGAUCAGAAUUGCCUUGUUCUGGUCUAAGUAAGUAAGUUUGUCACACUCACAGUGUAGGCAUCUGUAUGCUCACUGUCGACAUGUCCUACCGUUCAUGAUCAUGAUGCAAUUUUUAUGCAUCUGUAUAGGAUAAGAUUAGAUAUUGAAAAUCAGCAGUUUUGUAAACUGCAUCACUCCUCGAAAACGUUUGAACUUGAAGCAUUCGAGUGCGUGGAGCUGCAGCGACAUUGUCGUGCCAGUUCUUGUCACUGCGGAAAUACUACUGUUGAAUGCUGAGAGUGAAAUGCUUGCUUAGAGCAAGGGAAGGCUACACGACGCCCAGUAGGGCCUAUUUCAUCUUAGCAAUGCAAGCCAGGGGCGGCGGUAGUGGAACUGGUCCACCCAGACUGGACUUGGGAUUCUCCCCGUACAACAGUGGCAGUGCUGCUGCGACCAGUGCAACUAGCAGUAGUGGUUCAUACAGCGCUACAGGUGCUGGUGCUGGUGCUGGUGCUCUCUCUAGCAAUGCCAGCACAGCCAGUGGGUUUGGAGCGGCACGGCCCUACUCUGACAUGAGCGGUUUGGACGACGGACACGGACAGUGGUUGGACGCUCCUCGGGCACGCGGGAGAAGAGGCCGUGGCAGGGGAAGAGGACGAUGGCAAGAUGACGACCUGGAACACGGCGGCCAAUUCCGUCACCCUGGUCAGCAGCGUGGCGGUGGCCGGAGAAGAGAGGCUAUGGGUCAACAGUCUGACUACUUUGACGAUGGCUAUGAAGAACACCGUGCCUACCCGAGGGUAGUAGACGAUGGGUUUGGAAGCAGACGAGGAGGCCACAAGCACAGCGGCGGAGGUGCCAGGAGAGACGACGACGGUGCUGGUGGGUAUAGUCGGGGUGGACGAGGUCGAGGACGAGGCGGUGGACACCCACCAGGACUGAAGGGACGCGAGAUUGGUCUCUACUAUGCUAAGCUGCACCGUGGCCGCGGAGGAGGAAAACGGGAUGCCGAUGGCGGGAAGAAGAAGAAACAUGUCGAUCAGCCUAUGGCGCUGGACCACAAGACGGUCAACGAGGUUCUCCGCUCUUCCUCCGUGACUCUCAAGGGAGAGGCCAUGUCGACGCCAAGAAGGCGCAGCUCCAGUCCUACUCGGACACAGUCAUCACCACCGCCAGCCAUUAAUCUCUGGGACAGCAGCAGCGACGACGAAGAAGCGACCCGCUACUCUCCGAAAGUAGUCGCCGAUAGUGAUCACACGACUGCGAGUGUAGCAACGGGACCUGUCAUACCGUGGCAAGAAACCUUGCUGAACGAUGACGAUGACGAGGAGGAGGAGGCUGUCGUAGUACCCGAAGUCGAAGUCAUAGAUCUUACCGACUUUGGAUCUGAGGAGAUCGUAGAUGACCUUGGGGAGAGCAUGAAGGAGGAGAGUUUCAAGAUUGAAAUCGAGGAGCCAGAUUAUGAUAAAGAAAUCCAAGCUAUGUGCGGUGAUGAGUCGGCUAAGGAUGGUAACACCACAGGGGCUGCGAGCGAUGGGCGACAGUCUCCACGAAGUGGUUACGGCCAAUGGGGCCGCUCGAUGGAUAUUCGCAUUGGUAACGAAGCCCUUGACGAGACACUGAAGCAGGAACUGCUGGCCAAACAGACUACACGGGCCUAUUUGAACUUGCGGGCUACUCGUCAUAAGCUGCCAACCCACGCUGCUCGAGAGAAACUGCUGGAGACCAUUCGUAACAAUCAGAUCAGUGUUGUUAGCGGUGACACUGGCUGUGGAAAGACCACUCAGCUUUGUCAGUAUAUUCUGGAUGAUGCUAUCCUGAAUGGCAAAGGAUCUCAAUGUAACGUCAUCUGCACACAGCCAAGGAGAAUCAGUGCAAUCUCUGUUGCUAAUCGUGUUGCCGAGGAGCGUUGUGACCCAGUCGGUGGUGCCAGUGUUGGAUAUCAGAUUCGUCUUGACAGUGCACUGCCGCGGGAGAGAGGUAGUAUCACAUACUGCACUACCGGUGUUGUUCUCAGAUGGCUCAUUUCAGACUCAACUCUUCAACGGUGCAGCCAUCUAGUGUUGGAUGAGAUCCACGAGAGAAACAUCAACUCAGACUUUCUCAUGAUCAUCAUCAAGCAGUUAUUACCACGCCGGCCUGACCUGAAGCUGGUGUUGAUGAGUGCCACUCUAAAUCAAGAACUGUUUUCACAGUACUUCUACAACUGUCCCAGUGUCCAUGUACCUGGGACUGCAUUCCCAGUGCAGGAGUACAUGCUGGAAGAUGUGGUGGAAAUGACCAACUACUGGCCAUCGCAAGAAGCCGCCACAAAAGCACAAGGUGCACAUAGACAACAACGCGGCAAAUCUUCACGGGAGCGUGUCCAGGAGCGGCACGACUUUGAGGAAUACUUACAAACGCCGAUGAUAAGAGAAAGAUAUUGCCAACGGACAUUGAAUGCUCUGUAUGGUUGUAACAUUGCUGAGAUUGACAACGACCUGCUUAUUCACCUGGUCAAACAUAUCUGCUCAAGAAUGGAGCCCGGAGCUAUCCUUAUCUUCCUGCCUGGAUGGCAAGCCAUACGUAAUCUCAAUGAUGCUCUCACCGAGGACCGCUUCUUCGCCAAAGAUAAGUUUCGCAUCAUUCCACUUCACUCCAUGCUACCGACGAGUGAACAGCGAGAGGUUUUCAACCGCCCACCGGAUGGAGUACGUAAGGUUGUCUUAGCAACUAGUAUUGCAGAGACGAGCAUUACCAUUGACGAUGUGGUCUUUGUGAUUGACUCUGGUUGGAUGAAGGAAACGAAUUACGAUGAGUCAUGCUACCUGGCAUCCCUAGAUCAAGUGCUGGUGACCAAGGCCAACGCCACACAGCGUGCAGGCCGUGCAGGUCGUGUCCAGCCCGGACAUUGCUUCCACCUCUACUCAGCCAUGCAGUUCUAUGCCAUGGACCACUAUCAGCUGCCGGAAAUGCUGCGCUGCUCCCUCGAUGACGUCAUACUGCAGAUCAGAUUGCUCAAUCUCGGCAAAGCAGAAGAGUUCCUGGCGAAGGCAAUGCAACCGCCAACUGCUGAUGCUAUAGCUAGUUCACUAUCAUCACUUCUUCGACUGAGUGCUCUUGACAACGAUCAGAAACUGACUCCACUCGGCUAUCAUUUAGCACAGCUACCACUGGAGCCACACGUCGGCAAGUUGGUUGUUAUUGGAGCCAUUUUCUCCGUCGUCGAUCCCAUUCUUACCAUAGCUGCAAGUCUUGGAUACAAGGAUCCGUUUGUAUCACCCCUUGACAAACGUGAUAUGGUAGAUCGUGUGAAGAAGUCCUUCUCCAAGCCUGGAGAAAGCAGUGACCAUAUGGUCUUUCUACGAGCUUUUCAGGGUUGGCAAAAAGCCGCCGACAAGAAAUCGUACUGCUGGAAGAACUUCUUGUCUUCUAACACCAUGCAGAUGAUCCAUGAAAUGAAGGGUCAGAUUGCCGGCAUGUUGCACCGUGCAGGUUUGCUGGACAGCGCAUCACCAUCCAGUCCAGCCGCCAAUCUCAACUCAGAGAACGCACGGCUUGUCUCUGCUAUUCUUGUGGCUGGUCUCUAUCCGCGAGUUGCCAAGGUACAAACCUUCCCAUCUCAGGGCAAGAGACCCCCUAAGAUCAGUACAGAACGUCAUCGCAAGUGUUCUUUUCACCCAGCAUCCAUCAGCUCACGGACCAAGGAGUUUCCUACCCAGUUUGUGAUUUACAACAAGAUUAUGAAGUCUACUCAGGUCUUCAUCUAUGAUGCUACGUUUGUCACACCGUUCCCGCUUCUCUUCUUCGGGGGGCAGAUUGCUUUCGACAAAGUGUCGGAGGACGGUAGAAAGCUAGUGACAGUGGACGACUGGAUCCAGUUUCAGGCACCGCAAAAGACAGCAAGAACUGUUCUGGAUCUUCGUCGUCAACUCGACUCCAUCUUGUGGCAGCUGUACCGCGAGUCUCACCAGGUAUCCACAUCAGCCGCUCGGCCUCCUUCGCCGCCCGACUGCUUUGAAUACACCGGUGACAGUCGGCGUAAUGCCCUGCUACAAACCAUCAUUGACCUCAUAUCUAAAGAGCAGGCCAGCAAUCCAGCAGCCACAGCGGAAGACGCAGCGUCGUCGCGUGGUGAUGCGCACGCUUCUCACGCCGCCUAUGCCGGACACCCCAAGAAGAAGAGAAGCAGCCCGGUCGGGUACGGCGACUCGUAUGCCGGCCAAUAUCACCGUGGCGACGAUCAAUCAGAGUUCUCUCGUAAAGGCAAGCGCUCGUCCGGCCCUGCAGGUGGAGGUCACUACCAACAUCCUGAUGCCCAUCAUGCUAGUUCACGCGGUCGACCGAGAAAACAGCACUUCAACUGGCGUGACUUCUGUUGAAAUCAGCGAAGAUGCCAUUAGUCAAGCUGCUACUUGGACUUCUGUUGAAAUCGGCGAAGAGUCCAUCAGUCAAGCUGCUACUUGCAGAGCUUAUCUAAUGAUCACAUUGACUGCUGGUCUUGGAGCCCGUUCUUCGCUUACUGAGUCAGUCAGUCAGUCAGUCACUUUAAUAUCGAGUCAGUCCGUUGAACUAGUCAUGAGUUCAUCCGUCGGUCUAUGAGUUCAUCCGUCAGUUGGUCUAUGAGUUCAUCUGUUGGUCUAUGAGUUCAUCCGGCAGUCGCUCAGUUGACCAGUCCAUCUGUCCAUCAGUUGACCAGUCCAUCUGUCCAUCAGUUGACCAGUCCAUCUGUCCAUCAGUUGACCAGUCCAUCUGUCCAUCAGUUGGCCUGUUGGUGGGGAUUAGGCUGUUGGCAAUUAGUCAAGAAAACUUUUUAUUGACCUAUAUCAGUUGCUCGUAAAUUAUUUCAUUCGAAAUACAUGUCAUCCGGCCAGCUGGUCAGUCAGGUGAUCAGUUGCUCAGUUAGUACCACCGAUAGUACUGUGUAUACUAUAGUGGUCACCAUGGCUACUGUAUCCAGGCAACAUAUUCGAGUGCAUUGUGCAUGCAUGCAUGUGCACGGGAGUUGUUCAUGUGCACACAUGUGUCCAGCUCUCUACUUGACUUCUGAUUGACCUUAAAAGGCCUUGUCUUUGUGCACCACUGAGCUACAUCAUUGCAGCCAUCGCCGUUGUUGUCGUCGUCUUCAUUGUCCUCAUCAUCUGUUCUAGUCAGUAGUCAUGAUGGCUACAUGCUAUAGCAGUAAUGGUGUGCCUAUACCGUAUAUAUGUACCAGUAAUGGUGAUAGCAGACCAUCAAGACAGUGAAGUGGAGAGAACUGCACCCCUCGGUGACCAGUGAAUGCCAGUGACAGAUCAUGCAUGUAUUCACAUUCCUCUUGUGUGCAGCUACACGGCCCACCUGUGUUCUCACCUUGUCACAAUGCGUGCAUGUGUACGUGUGUGCCUCUGUGUGUGUGUGUGUGUGUGUGUGUGUGUGUGUGUGUGUGCGUGCGUGCGUGUGUGUGCGUGUGUACGCGGCAGCACAUUGGGCGCUUUCGAUUACACGCAUUUCAGUCAAUUCUAGAAUUAGUUAUUGUUGAUGCACAGUUCGAUUACACAAAAAGUGACAAAUUCCGUCGUUAGAAUUGAUUUUAUCCAAUUCCGUCAAAUCCAUCAAUUCUGAAGAGAGGGCGGAAUUUCUCUAAUUCUGGCGCCAGAAUUGCA